CAGAACGGAGUAACGCUGCAGCCACCGAGGGACGAGUCUGGCGAUCAUUUUAACGUCCACCGCAGGUUUUCGUACAUUUUGAGAUUCGCAUGCAUUGCAUUUUUUAUCUUCUAAUCAAAUGUUUAUUUAAAGUUCGCGUCUGAAGUGUGCUAACGUGAGUUUUGAUUUAAAUUCAGAAGUGUAUGGAGCAAGCUAGCUUCCAGGGCUAAACUAACGUCGGUUGUGGUGGGGUUAACAAUAGUUUGACCCUUGCAGCUACUAUCGAUAACUCGACUGCUGAACGCUUUUGAACGUUUCUUUUUAAAGACGCCGAAGAGUACUUUAAUCCAAAAUGAGUGCUGGUAUCGCAAAGCCGGCGAAUCCGUCGGCACAUGUCGACCCGAAAUCGGCACCUCUUAAAGAAAUCCCAGAUAUUCUGGUUGACCCACGCACCAUGAGAAGAUACACGAGGGGAAGAUUCCUCGGAAAAGGUGGUUUCGCGAAAUGCUACGAAAUCACAGAUGUGGAGACGAAGCAGGUUUUCGCUGGCAAAAUAGUGCCCAAGUCCCUGAUCCUGAAGCAGCACCAGAGGGAGAAGAUGACCUCGGAAAUCGCCAUUCACAAGAGUCUGAACCACCCGAACAUCGUGGGCUUCCACGGCUUUUUCGAGGACGAGGACUUUGUCUUUGUUGUCCUGGAAAUCUGCAGGAGAAGGUCCCUACUGGAGCUGCACAAGCGCCGUAAGGCUGUCACUGAGCCCGAAGCCCGCUACUACAUGACCCAGCUGCUCAAGGGUGUCCACUACCUGCACAACAACAGGGUCAUCCACAGAGACCUGAAGCUGGGCAACAUCUUCCUCAAUGAUGACAUGGACGUCAAGAUAGGUGACUUUGGCUUAGCCACUAAGAUUGAGUUUGAUGGCGAGCGGAAGAAGACCUUGUGCGGAACGCCCAACUACAUCGCACCUGAAGUGCUUUGUAAGAAAGGCCACAGCUAUGAAGUAGAUGUCUGGUCACUUGGAUGUAUAUUGUACACUUUGUUGGUUGGUAAGCCCCCAUUCGAGACCUCCUGUCUGAAGGAGACCUACAACCGCAUCAAGAAGAACAACUACACCAUCCCCUGGCACAUCAACCCAGCUGCGUCCUCGCUCAUCAAGAGGAUGCUGCAUGCUGAUCCCGCCCAGAGGCCCACCAUUACUGAACUGCAAGCGGACGAAUUCUUCACAUCCGGAUACAUCCCCUUACGUCUGCCCACUACUUGUCUCACUGUGCCCCCACGCUUCUCUAUCGCCCCCUCCACGGCCACAGAGCUCAGCCAGAGACGCCCCCUGACUGCGAUAAACAACAAAGCAGGGACAGAGAAAUUGGAGUUGAAGGACGAGCCUUUGCCAAGGGAGGUUGAACCAUCAGAAAACCACCUGAAGGACAUGUUGCAGCAGCUUAACAGUAUCAUCGCCGCCAAGCCCUCUGAGAAGGCAGUCAUUCGCCAAGAGGAGGCAGAGGAUCCUGCAUGUGUCCCCAUCUUCUGGAUCAGCAAAUGGGUCGACUACUCUGAUAAAUAUGGAUUGGGCUACCAGCUCUGUGACAACAGUGUGGGUGUUCUGUUCAACGAUUACACUCGUCUGAUCAUGUACGCUGACGGAGACAGUCUGCAGUACAUCGACAAGACGGCGGCUGAAUCCUACCUGAGCGUGCGCUCUUUCCCUGCCUCCCUCAACAAGAAGAUAACAUUGCUGAAAUACUUCCGCAAUUACAUGAGUGAGCACCUGCUGAAGGCCGGCGCCAACAUGGCGCGGCGGGAAGGAGAUGAGCUGGCUCGGCUGCCUUACCUCUCCUUGUGGUUCAGAACAAAGAGUGCCAUCGUCCUGCACCUCACCAACGGCACCGUUCAGAUCAACUUCUUCCAGGAUCACACGAAGCUGAUCCUGUGUCCGCUGAUGGCUGCAGUGACCUACAUCGAUGAGAAGCGAGACUUCCGCACCUACAAGCUUUCUCUGCUGGAGGAGUUUGGCUGCUGUAAGGAGCUGGCCAGCCGCAUCCGCUACGCCAAGCUCAUGGUGGAGAAACUGUUGGACAACAAGACUUCCACUGCUGCACAUUAGUCCACCUUUUCCCAGGUCUUUAGGCACCAUCUGUCUUUAAUCACGGCCACUUCUCCCUGUCUGCAACUCUCGCAGGACGGGACGCACCUUUAAAAUCCAGCGUAUUUUAUUGAAGGGUCACAGUGUAAAUGUUUAAUCCCAGCUUUGAUUUGUACCAUGAAAAUUAGUCCUUUUUAUAUGUUGUACAAACUGAAUUUGAGUGUGCCAGCCACUUUUUUCUGCUGUUAAUAGAAACUCACUCCGGCUUUUAUUUCAACCUUCUAAAUGAAGCUUACCUUUGACAGACACGUUCCUGCUGACAUGUUUGACCGUUCAAAUUAGUUGAGGAAGAAAAGACGAGUCUCUCCUUUGUGCAUAUUUAUCAUUUUGAAGUUGGAACGAUCUUUCAUGGUUCUCUCUGCCUCUUUGUUUGCAUUCGUUUAUGCAUCAAUGAUGCUUUUAAAUCUAAAGCUGACUGGUCAAAAUGUGUGCUGAGAGCUGUCUGUGUGUGGAAAGAAACUUCUCUGGUCUGCUUCUCUAAGUUUGUCUGUUUUAUCUGUGUUGUAUGUAGAGAAAUGGACCGUGUUAAUAAAUUUUCAUCAUGUACAUUCUUCCUGUAGUUGCUUUUUACUCUUUUUAGAAGUCUGUUUUAGAUGUUGUUGUCAACAAGAUGUACAAACUUGUACAUAAUGCUGAAUAUGCAUACAUGUUGGAAAGAUGGUUUAAUUUUAACCGAGUUUAAAUAAAGACUCUUGAUCAACACAAA